AUGGCGACAACCAUUGACACACCUCCUGCGGAUUAUCCGCCUGAAAUCAUAGGCUACGCUGACCCGUGGAUAGCGUCGCCAGGUGAGACGGUAUCGAUCAAGGUAUCAUGUACCGAGCCAGAAUAUACCUACAAGGCCGUCAGGGUGAUUCAAGGCGUCGACGUCGAACACUCUCCCAAGAAGGAGCUUGAGGAAAUCACCUCGAUACCUCGUGGGACCGCAAAGGGUCGGUAUCAAGUCGCCCGGAUCGGCUCUUACGCCAGAACAGACGCAUGGGGGGCAUCGCUGUCGGGCCCCUAUGGGAUCAAAGUGUCACUGCACUUUCAACCGCACCUCACUCGAGCAGGUCACGUCCAGACAGUCAUAUCCACGCUUGAUGUGAGUUCAAAGAGCGGAUUUGCCGUCGUCCUGACCACCGAGGGGGCAAUUGAGCUCUGGCUCGGGACCGGGACGGACGUCAAGGUCAUCCACACAGACUUCAAACCGGCCAUUAAACGAUGGGUGAGCAUGAAGGUAACCUUGAAAGACGCCCAUGUCUCGCUCUCAUUGCUGCCGAUUCCGUACUUGGCCGAAAAGGCAGGCGCAGCGGUACAUGUUGAAAAGCAGCUCUCGGUGGCUGCGGUCAAACUGUCUCCUGACAACAUCCUUCUCCUCGCGGGCAGCUUUGCAGAAAGCCCGACGUCUGCUUCCCCGCGCGUCACCAACUUCUUCAACGGCCGUAUCGACAGCCCGAUGAUCGAGUCUCUGGGUCCCAAAGGCGAGGUUCUGGUCAAAUAUGACUUCGCACGAAACGUUUCCGAAGACACCAUCAUCGACGCAUCCGGCAACGGACACGACGGGGUCCUCGUCAACGCUCCUACGAGAGCCAUACCGGGAUUCGACUGGGACGGCAGCGAAGUAGACUGGACCAAGGCCAAGUACGGCUACGGGGCGAUCCACUUCCACGAAGAUGACCUGGACGAUGCGGCAUGGGAGACAGAUUUCACCAUCACGCUUCCCCCCAACGCUCGGUCGGGGAUCUACGCGGUCGAGGCGACGUCGACAAACGGCAAGACCUCAGACAUGAUCACCUUCAUGGUCCGGCCGACGAAAGAAACGACGGCCCAAGUCGGUGCGAAAGUCGCCCUCGUCCUCUCGACCUUCACGUACCUGGCUUAUGCGAACGAGAAACUGGCGGACCAGAACCGUUCGUCCUCCGUCGAGGUCGGUCCGGGGUUCGACAUCAACCAGACCAUUCGGACCGAAGACUUCUACCGUAUCCACCGACGCCUGGACUGCGGCCACUCGAAUUACGACGUGCACAACGACGACUCGGGUGUCGUGUUUUCGUCGGCGAAGAGGCCGAUUCUGAACCUGCGGCCCGGCUACAUCAUGUGGGCGUUCAGCCGCCCGCGUGAGCUCAGCGCAGAGUCGAUGAUGAUAGGAUACUUGGAGCGUGAGAAGAUCCCGUACGACGUCCUCACGGACCACGACCUGCACUUGAACGGUGCCGCGGCUCUGGCGCCCUACAACACCGUCAUGACGGGCUGUCACCCGGAGUACCCUACCAUCCAGUCUUAUAAUGCUUACGAGCACUAUGCCCGACGCGGGGGGAACCUGAUGUACCUGGGCGGCAAUGGGUUUUACUGGGUGUCGGCGGUCGAUCCGAAGAGACCAUGGCGUCUUGAGGUUAGGCGCGGUGACCAGGGAGUGAGGAGUUAUACACUUCCUGGCGGCGAGCGGUUCAUGAGUACCAACGGCACGCAGGGCGGACUGUGGCGGACGCGAGGACGAUCGUCCCACGGUCUAUUUGGGAUUGCGUUCAAUGGAGAGGGCACGGGACCCGGGGUUCCGUAUAAGAGGACCGAGGGAGGUGAAGCCGCGGCUCUAAAGUGGAUGUUUGAAGGCGUCCCAGACGGAGAAUUGAUAGGAGAGUAUGGACUCGGCGGCGGUGCCAGUGGUGACGAGGUUGACAGCUUCGAUUUGGCGUGUGGGAGUCCCACCAACGCCGUCGUCGUCGCUACCAGCACGGGACACCCUGACGAUUUUGGCAUCGCGCCCGAGUGCACAGGGUUCCCUAUCAUCAAUACCCUGGGAACGCAGACCGACGAAAUCAGGUCGGACAUGGUGUAUUAUGACACUCAGGCUGGAGGGGCCAUCUUCUCGGUAGGCAGUAUCAACUGGUUCUGCAGUUUAGGUUGGGAUGAUUAUCAGAACAAUGUGGCCAAAGUGACGGGGAAUGUUAUCAGGGAGUUUUUGAGGAGGGAGGAGAAGGACCAACAGGAGACGAAAUGA